AUGCCUCGCUUGUUCCACUCUUCGCCUGACUGGACCGAAGACUCCUCGCCCUCGGAGUAUUCAGUGCCCAGUAGCCUAGUCAGCCGCGCCGAAGAUGUCGAUAGGGUAUAUUAUCUUGCAUCUUGCAAGGGCCAGAAGCUACUAGCAGCAACAACUUCUCCCCGCGAUGUAGCUGCCGCCUAUGUCACACCCAUAGACAGCCCUUGGGUCAACCCAAUCAUGACCGAUCUCACGACCUGGGGCUACAAGCUCGAUAGUGAUGACGGCACCCCUCAAUGGCGUGCAAGCCACUUCGACGAGUGCGAGUUCCAGACCAACCACAAGCUCAAGAGGAUGUUAGACAGCCUGUCAAUACUUACCAGUAGCACUUGGCAGAAUGGACCAAACCGGUGCUAUUUCAUCAACCACAAGGACGGACCAGCGAUCAUUCGCGAUCCUCGAGGGAAUCUGCCGCCUGUCAACAACCAGUGGUACUAUGUCAACAACAGACCAUACCGAGCCACCAACGCCGAGUUCACCAUUGGCGUAAAUGUCAUGUCAGGCAUGAUCGUGAUGAUUAACCGCCAGAAUCCCGCCAGCAGUGCACAAGAUCUCUGGGGUCUCCACCAACCUCCGCCGAGCGACCAGCUACCAGCACUGAGGGCCAGCUCAGACAUCAUGUGGGGUCUCUGGAAGCUAGCCAACCCUUAUCAUCCAUGGGAUAUCAAGUUGUUCCUGAGCACACCUGUAACCAAUGAUGAUACGUCGGACAUCAUUGAGACGAUUUUACAAGCCAGGCGUCUUCAACUGAACAAUCUGCCGGUUUACCCUGGACUUGAAUUUCAGUCAAACGCACCGGAAUAUCUCCCUUUGCUUGGUAGGUGCAGUUUCCAAUGA